GAGCAUAAAGGGCUUUUCUGAGUGAAGCUUUUCCUCUGCUUUUGUCUCUGCCUCCUAGAUGUUUCCUCUGCUGCUGAACAGGCUGGCAGGCAGCCUGCAAUGGGACCCUGCUCAGCAGACGCCCAGCUCUGCUGGGCUUCCUGGCUCCUGGGAUUGACCAGCCUCCUCCUCAGCAUGUGCAGCACUGGGGGCAAGAGUUCUGGCAUACAUGGUUCUGGAGGUCAGGAUUCUGGAGUCCACGUUCCUCUGAAAAGGAUCCGAGGAGGUUCGGUGUUGUUUCAUGUGAUCAAGGAGCCAGGAGUGGAGCUGGAGGAAAUCUCAUGGUCCUUUGGCCCUGGCUUAAAAUACAGAGUCUUGCUGCGAGUCCAUAACGGGUCAGAAGGGACUCCAACCUGGGUCAACCUCCAGGACAAGUACAAGCAGAGGGUCCAUGUGCCCAACAUGACGUCCCUGAGGAUUGAGAACUUGACCCCUGAGGAUAGUGGGUACUACCGGGCUCGAGCCAGCUUCACUGGUGGAGUGGAAUCUACCCAGAUUUUCCACCUCACUGUCAAUGAGCCCGUGCCCCAUCCCCAGAUCCUGGUCCGGUCACUGUCCAUCACAGCAGGCUGGUGCAAUGUCACCCUGGAGUGCAGGGCUGUGCAGGUCACAGAGGACCUGAAUGUGACCUGGGAGAGCAAGGGCCUUCCCAGGGAGCUGGAAUGGAGAGAGACACUGGGACCAGCGCCCAACUCCUGGACCCUGACUGUGAGCCUGCCUUUGAACCAGCCCAAUGUCAGCCUCACCUGUGUGGUCAGCAACGCCGAGGACCAGAAAACUGUCACUUCAGCCCUUGGGGAGGUCUGUGCCCAUGUUUCAGGUGGACACGGCUCGGCAGGCACCCUGGAAGCCAUACUAGGGGCCCUUGUGGCCGUGCUGUUGAUCCUCGGGGUUGGACUGUACCUUUGGAAGACACAUGAGAAGAAGAAGAAGAUGGAGAUUGGAGGAGGUGCAGAAUUGCAAGAGGAACACAGGAACCAGGAUGGUGACAUCCGGUUUGCUGAGCUGAGCCAGCAGGAGUCUCGAGGGCGCAGGGACAAGGGUGUGGGUGAACGACAUCUAGAACAAAAGGAACCUCUCACUACUGUCUACUGUGCGGUCCAGAGGCCAGGCCUGGCCAUGAAGAUGAUUUAAUUGCAGAAAGCAGGAGAAUGGACAUUCCUAGGACACCUUCUCUCUGAGCUUGAUGCCUGCAGACACCCGCGUCUUCCAGCUCUGGUCCAGCUCCAGCUGUCCCUGGUCUGCAUUACUCUGACCUUCAUGUCCUCAACUCCCUGGGUACAUGUGGCUGUGUCACUUCUUCUGACACCUCCCCAAGCUGCCAUCCCUCUCACGACCCUCACUCCUGCAGGAUGAGUGCUCUUCCUCUGUCAUUGACUCGCCUCCUGACCCCUCUACUCCUGAAGAUUCUGAAAGGGGACCCUCCUGACUGUGCAUGUGUUAACCCCCACAGCCUCUGCUGUGUUGCUGGUGUGUGUCUUUCUGAGAACACGAGCCCAGGGUGGGGACCGUG